AUGGCGUCGACGCCGCCUCACUGGUCGAUCACCACCGCGAAUAGCCAUCGUCAGACCCGUCAACAACCUAACUACAACCACCGUCCAUGGCUUUCACAACGUGUCUCUUCCUCUCCUCGUGGUGGUCGCGCCGUGACCUCAGCUUCUCCUUCUUUACCGGCGGCUGUUUCAGUCGCCACUGUAGCUUCCGGUCAACUAUCACACCAAUCUCGUAAUUUCUCUUCUCUACGAACCUCGGAAACGGGUCUUUCCUCGGAUUUCUCCGGUCGUUGA